GGAAGUUGCUCUACUUUAGCUGUCGUGGAUUUGUAGAUAAUCUUCUUUGUGGCUCUACUCAACGUUCACACUGUAAAAAAAAUGACAUCAACCACCCCCGGCACCACAAGAAGUACUAAUCGAGUCUCCGGCGCUUCAACAGCACCAGCAGGAUCCACUCCCUCUGCGCCGAAGAGUUUCCAGAUAAUUGGCGGAUUCCCUAGCAUUCGUAAGGGUUUUGAGCAGAGAGGAUGGGUUGCGGAUGACG